AAAGUACCUCGUGACACAUGUCAUCCGGACAGAAUUUGCCUAGGUGUUGUUGGGAGUGCUUCUGGCCCACAGAAGUACCGAGAUACUUUAGCCAGCCGUCCAUGUCUACACAUCACGGAGUUCACGCAACUCUGACGUCUGAAUGUAUCAAUAGCUUAAGAGAGCCGGGCGUUUAGAUCACAGUGGAGGACUGAGACCUCAUCUCUGUGGCGUGCCUCUUUAACCCUGCGUCGUGUCCCUGUAAUUCUCGACGAGUAGCCACAAUCCACGGUGAUCUACCAAAAACAGAACCUUGGACUGACGUGUAGAAUAGCGUUGGUCACCUCAUAGGGAAAGUUGACUACAAACAGUGCUUCAGAUUUUAAACCUGUUAAAGUUCAACCAUCUAAGUCAACGUACGAAUAGGCUGGCCCAACCAUGGCGGAGCCGGAAGAAGUUCCCGAAAUGACGGAGGAGGAAAGGCUGACGUUUGAAGUGAAGACGCUGAAGUACCAGCUGGGGCAGAAGAGGAUCAUGAUGUCCGAGUCCAUACCUGACUUGAUCAAGUUCGUGGAAGAACGCAUGAAGACGGACUACAUGCUGCACCCGCCUGCCAAGUCCAAGAAUCCCUGGGCAGAGAAAAGCAAAUGUGUCGUACUGUGACGUCACACCGAUACUGCUGACGUCACAGAAAACAGUGCUCCUAGUCUGAUGAGCCAGUCAAGUCAUCGUGGUUAGCAAGACACAAGCAACAAUUUUAACAUAUAAGCAUAAAAAAUUGGCAUAGUCCGUAAUCAUCUUGCAAGGUAGUUACAGAACUGGUAGAACCCUUUUCUCUCACUUGAUGUGAUAGAUUGUCCCGCUGUAAAUGGGAAUCAAACACAUUUUAUUCCUUUGUUAUGAACAGUUUUAGUUAAAGAUUUCAGGUUUGGUAUGUUUAAGCCAAGUCCUGUGAAAUAUGGGAUUUAAUCCUGAGAAGUAUCUGUUCUCUGAUGUAGUAAUGUUCCUCAUGAAUAUUGACCAUUAAAGUUGAAUAUUGACCUCAUGAA